AUGUCUUCAUCUCGACUCUCGCGACAAGACCACUACCCCUACCAAGCGACGGCGCAUCCUCGCUGGUCGCCCUCUUCCCCGCCACUCAACCGCCUCUCCGCCGCCGUCGACCCGCGACUUGCUCCUCGUCUCAACAAUGCAGGUCAGCAGGACAUGCAGCAGCAGUCACAGACGCAACAGCUUGCGUCCAGCCAGAUCGCGCCUUCUGCUGCGUCGCUCACCUCCAACGUCGAAGUGGUGCAGGCUAUCAACGCCAUGAAUUCGCAGGUCACCAGUCAAUUGUCCAUGAUGGGCACGCAGCUCGCUUCCCUCGUGUCACUCACAUCGCGUCUCAUCGAGCUUUCACAGAUGAGUCUCGCUGCUGCUGAUAGCAACGGACGCGCCAGCAAUGCCGCCACUGCCCCUGGCUCCGGUGUGUCGGCAGCUUCCUUGGGAGCACAAGGCUUUAGAGCCGAUGCAAGUCCGGUCAACAGCAACGCCGAUCUCAAUCGCGCACGAGUCAACGGCAGCCAGAACACGUCCUCGUUCGCCUCUUCCAGCAACAACUUGGCUGUGGGAUCCACCAACAACGCCGCCGCGCGUUCGGAUGCUCGGCAGGGUCAGUUCUAUCAGAACCCUGCAUCUGGCAGCGCUGCUACGAAUUCGACGCUUGACAGGACCUUUGGCAGCACGCUUCGAGGUGCGUCUCCCUCUUCCUCCAAUUCGGUGAUGAACAACAGCCUCUAUGCGGCUGCAGGACGACCGGCACAGCAGCAGGCCGGUCAAGCACAGCAAAUGCAAUCGCAGCAGCAAUCCCAAACACACAUGCAGUCCCAACAGCAGGGCCUGCAACAGACAACGCAGCCGCAACAGCAGGCGCAAGACGACCUUCUCAGGAGUCGUCUGCCGAGUCCCGUGUUCCCGGACGAUCCAAUGGACAUGCACGCCGACGUGUCGGCAUCAGAGCACCAGACUCCAUCCAAUCUCAAACGACUGUCCACAGCAGGACAGGCUGCAGGCGACAGCGCUCGCAAAGCCAGCACAGAAGCAUCGCUGGGCGAAUGGAAAAGCUGGCUCAACCGCACAUGGCAACCGCCUGCGGGUCAUCAAUCGCGCAAUACCAAGUACCGCACCAUGCAAGCGGCUCGGCGGGCGCAUCGCGACCAGACUAAACGGUCCAUGGCUACUCUCGGCCGCUUGCCGCUCAAAGAGUUCCUCGAGAUCCGACCCGAACAGUACCUCAGCGUGCGAAAGACGGGUCGAAAGCUGUACCAAGAAUGGCUGCUGCAGGAGGUGCGACUGGCCAAGCAACCCGAGGAUCGAGUCAAGGCGGCCAUCAAUCGACUGGAGAACGACCAUCCGGAGCUGGGCGAUUGCGAGGAUCACUGGAAGGCGAGACAGCUGCUGCAGCAGAUCAUCGAUAACGCGAUCGACGAGGCCAACUUGCAUCGCAAGAAAGAGGCGCGCCAGAGCAACUCGCACGCGGAGCCUAACGAGAGCACGCCACGCGGCAUGGAGGGGGCACGAAGUACGAGCAUGAUGAACGUCAGCGCGAGCAGCUCGAGUUCGGCGUUGGCGGAUGCGGAUCGAAGUCUGCGUGGUGCGGACACGAGCAUCGCUUCAGCGCGCAAGGGCAAUACUGCUGCUGCAAACGGUCCUGGUGCCGCCAAGAACGCCAAAGGUGUACAGCGACGCAAGGCGGAUCAAGCGGAGCUGGAUGACACGCCGACACGGUUCAGGCAGCCACCAAGCCAGCGCAAUUCAAUGCUGGGACCAGGUGGCAACGACGAUUCCAGCGGUUCAUCAUUGCAGACGCAGCAACUCUCUUCAUCGGGACUGGAGGCAGCACACAGCGGCCGUGCUACGGCGCUCGUCGACUACUCUGGCUACGGCAACCAUGACUCUGGCACCAUCGCCUCGACCACCUCGGACGCCCUUCAGCCCUCGCGGCACAAUCAGCACUUGCAGCCAGCGCACCACAACACGCAUCAGCAGGAUCAGACGCACAACGCAUGGGCGAGCCAGACCGCCGCACCCGGCCCAUCGCUCUUCGGACAGUCGAAUUAUACCACCACGGCAACGCAGCAGGCACUCUCGCACCAUCAGACCUACGGACAUCACAGCAAUCAUCACCACAACUCGAACUACCUCUCAUCCGACCCGAACCAGACAGGGCUCAGUGCGUCUGGAUCUGGCUUGCUGGACGAUCAGCGUCACCAAUCGCACCUGAGCCCGCUGGUCAACGGUGGCAAUUUGCGCAUGCAUCAGCAGCAGCAGCAUCACCAGCAACAGCCGCAGCAGCAGGCUCAGAGCACGUUCUUCGACAACCGAGGAUACCAGUAG